CGGCGGGGGCGCUGCUUGCACGGUGGGCUGGGAUCUGCCAGGGCCGCGGGGUCGGGCUGUGGAACACGGGCGGCCCGCCGGGCAUCUCCCUCUCUCGUUCCCCACCCCCUCCCCCCAGGUCGGGGGAGGCGGCGUGUCCGGCGGAGGGUUGCGGGGCGCGGGGCAGGGCUGGAGCGCCAUGAGCAGCCCGGAUGCGGGGUACGCCAGUGACGAGCAGAGCCAGCCCCGGAGCGCGCUGCCCGCCGUGAUGGCUGGGCUGGGCCCCUGUCCCUGGGCCGAGUCACUGAGUCCCCUCGGGGACAUGAAGAUGAAGGGCGAGACGGCGGCGAGCAGCGGGGCGCCGGCCGGGACCGCGGGCCGGGCCAAGGGCGAGUCUCGCAUCCGGCGGCCGAUGAACGCCUUCAUGGUGUGGGCUAAGGACGAGCGCAAGCGCCUGGCGCAGCAGAACCCGGAUCUGCACAACGCCGAGUUGAGCAAGAUGCUGGGCAAGUCGUGGAAGGCGCUGACGCUGGCGGAGAAGCGGCCCUUCGUGGAGGAGGCCGAGCGGCUGCGCGUGCAGCACAUGCAGGACCACCCCAACUACAAGUACCGGCCGCGGCGGCGCAAGCAGGUGAAGCGGCUGAAGCGGGUGGAGGGCGGCUUCCUGCACGGCCUCGCCGAGCCUCAGGCGGCCGCACUGGGCCCCGAGGGCGGCCGCGUGGCCAUGGACGGCCUGGGCCUGCCCUUCCCCGAGCAGGGCUUCCCCGCGGGCCCGCCGCUGCUGCCCACGCACAUGGGCGCCCACUACCGCGACUGCCAGGGCCUGGGCGCGGCCCCGCUCGAUGGCUACCCGCUGCCCACGCCCGACACAUCCCCGCUGGACGGUGUGGAGCACGACCCGGCCUUCUUCGCCGCGCCGCUGCCCGGGGACUGUCCGGCCGCCGGGCCCUACAGCUACGCGCAGGCCGCGGACUACGCGGGGCCCCCGGAGCAGCCCGCCGGGCCCCUGCACCCCCGGCUCGGCCCGGAGCCCGCGGGCCCCGCGAUGCCGGGCCUCCUGGCGCCCCCCAGCGCCCUGCACAUGUACUACGGCGCGGUGGGCUCGCCGGCGGCCGGCGGCGGGCGCGGCUUCCCGAUGCCGCCGCAGCCGCCCCCGCCGGGCCCGGGGCAGCCGUCGCCCCCGCCCGAGGCGCUGCCCUGCCGGGACGGCGCGGACCCCAGCCAGCCGGCCGAGCUCCUUGGGGAGGUGGACCGCACGGAGUUUGAACAGUAUCUGCACUUUGUGUGCAAGCCCGACAUGGGCCUCCCCUACCAAGGCCAUGACUCUAGCGUGAACCUCGCAGACGGCCACGGGGCCAUCUCCUCCGUGGUGUCCGAUGCCAGCUCUGCGGUAUAUUACUGCAACUAUCCUGACGUUUGACAGGUCCCUGAUCCGACCCAGCCUGCUGGCCAGAAGCACAAACAGUGUUACAUACUUCCCGGAGGAGCUAAGGAAAUCCUCAGCCUCAUGUUGUGUUGUGUUGUUUUUAAGUUGCCUUGGCGUAUAAUUUAUGGUAAUUUAUUUUGUCUGCCACUUGAACAGUUGGGGGGAGAAAAAAAUGCGAGGUUGUGAUUCAAGACUUGUGCAGAUACCUGUUGCCCACUGUUGCCUUGUCUAAACCCCAUUUCCAAGUUCAAGUUCACCAGUUUCCAAAGGGUCCCAGAAAACUUGCUCCGUUUCCUGAAGCUUUAUUGAUCAAAGAAAUUUUAUCCCAGGUGUGUUUUUUAAAUCUUAAAAAAAAUAAUAAAAUCUGGAAUCCUA